AUGGCAGCAGAUUCAAGAGGAACAGCAGUGCUGUGCAUGCCAAGGCAAUGGCAAGACAGAGAGAACAGUCCUGAGAGAAACAAAAUCUGGAUUGAGCCAAAGUCCAAGGCUGCUGAUCAGCAAAAAGUUGCUGUCAUUUACUACCUCUCUCGGAAUGGCCAGCUUGAGCACCCUCAUUUCAUGGAGGUCCCUCUCUCUUCCCCCAAAGGACUCUAUCUUAGAGAUGUGAUGAACAGACUAAAUUUUCUUCGAGGACAAGGCAUGGCCGACUUGUACUCUUGGUCUUCAAAACGGAGCUACAAAAAUGGAUUUGUGUGGCAAGAUUUGUCCAAGAAUGAAUUCAUCUACCCGUGUCAUGGCCAUGAAUAUGUUCUCAAAGGCUCACAACUCCUACAAACUUCUCUAAGCUGUCGAUCCUAUGAAACAGUACUGUCAUCAUCAACCUCAAACAUUUCCUCGGAAACAAACAGUACUUCCAGUGUAGAUUCUGUUAAUGCCCGGCCGGUCAUUCCCAGGAAAAAGAAUCAGUCAUGGAGUUCAUUUCACGACCUUCGUGAAUAUCAGGUUUACGAGGCCAAAACUGUCGGAGAGUUUGCCGGAAAAGCCGCUAAUGCAGCGACACAGACUGAGGAUAAGGGGAGGGGAAGAGGGGAAGAUCGGGAAGAAGCUGAAGAGUGUGAAGGGAGUGCUGCCAUAACUGAGCAGUCUGAGCUGAGUGGAGAAGUUACUUUAGCAUUUUCAAAGUCUUUGGAGAGGUCCAGGAAGGUUGAUGGGUCAGCAGAUUCAAGAAAUCGGACGGUGGAGAGUGAUCAUCGUCCCAGUGGGAGGAUGAAGCCGUCUACGGUUCUGAUGCAGUUGAUCAGGUGUGGAUCAAGAAGGAUCGGAGAUUGUGAGUUAACAGCAAGUAAGGAUUGA